AUGAAAGGAAAGAACAGGAGAAGUGGUGGUAUGGUUCAAUUGGAAUAUCUGAUCCACAUACAGGAGCUAAAGCCUUGGCCCCCAUCACAAUCUCUUAGAUCCAUUCGAUCUGUGUUGCUGCAAUGGGAGAACGGAGAACGCUCUUCUGGGUCGACGAAACUUGUUUCCUCUUCAAUUGAUGAAGGAAAAAUUGAGUUUAAUGAGUCGUUUAGGCUUUCUGUGACACUGGUGAAGGACAUGUCUAUUAAAAAUGCCGGUGUUGAAGUUUUCCAGAAAAAUACUUUGGAGUUUAACUUGUAUGAGCCUAGAAGGGAUAAGAUUGUUAAGGGUCAGUUGCUGGGGACCGCUAUUGUAGACUUAGCUGAUUGUGGUAUACUAAGAGAGAGUUUAAGUAUUAGUGUACCUUUGAACUGCAAGAGAAACUACAGAAACACGGAGCAGCCACUUUUAUUUGUCAAAAUCGACCCUGUUGAAAAGAAUCGUACUAAGUCCACGUUGAAGGACAGUUUAUCAAAGGAGAACUGCAGUAGCCGUGAUUCUGUGUCGGCAUUGAUGAACGGGGAAUAUGCUGAGGAAGCUGAGAUUGCCUCUAUUACUGAUGAUGAUGUUUCCUCUCAUUCAUCUGUGGCUGCAAUUACAAACUCUCCUAAUCGUGAAGAGAAUGGAUCAGCUCGAGAAAAUGGUAGGAAUAACAAGGAACGUCACAUUGUUUCAGAAACAAGGGAUGAAAAGUUAAAUAUGAUGCAACAGGAUAUGUAUGUGAGACCAGAGAGGAGUCUAGGAAAUGGUCAUAGUUCUACGGAAAAUACUCCCAACUAUGGUUCGGAGACAACCCAAAAGCAUGUUGUUUCUCCUAGUGCUGAUUAUUUUCCCAUAUCCUUAGAGGAAAGUUCUAUGAGUCGAUCCAAAAGCAGUGAUCAUGAAAAUUCAAAUCAGGAGAUUCAGGUAAAGGCUGCUAAUUGUAUAAAUGUAAAAACAAAUGUUCAAACAAACAGUAACGAAGGUGCUUAUUCAAGCAACACUGCUUCUCUAGAUAGCAAUUAUUUCACGAACAAGAACCCACGCUCAGUAAAAUGUGAUGGUUUGGAAAUCGAGGACAAAUUAAACGAGAGAUGUGAGGAAGCAGACAAAUAUUGUAUGAAGGAAGGAGGAAGUGAUGAAGAUUACUAUAGUUCUGUUGAGGACAAGCUUGGCAAUAUGCCAAAAAGUGAAAGAUUGAAAUAUGUAAAGUCUGUAAGGUCGUCAGGAGACUUAACUAGGAGUACUGGAUCAAAUGGUAGCAAUCAUCACAGUGAAGUAAAGGAAAAUGGCAUUAAUGGAGAUGCUCAAAACAAUGGAGGGAACAUCAGAAGCAGUAACAGAAAAGAUGGUAAGGUUUAUCCAAGGGAUGCCCGAAAUACCAGUUUAGACAGCAAGAUUGAACAUUUAGAAAACAAGAUAAAGAUGCUUGAAGGAGAAUUACGAGAAACUGCUUCAGUUGAGUCUGCUUUAUAUUCUGUAGCUGCUGAGCACGGAAGCUCCGUGAGUAAGGUUCAUGCGCCUGCGCGACGCCUUUCCAGACUGUACAUUCAUGCUUGUAAAGAAAAUAUUCCAGCCAGAAGGUCUGGUGCAGCUAAAAGUGCUGUUUCAGGAUUAGUACUUGUUGCAAAGGCAUGUGGAAAUGAUGUCCCAAGGUUGACGUUUUGGCUGUCUAAUUGUAUUGUUUUGAGAACAAUUAUAAGCCAAACCACCAAGGAUGUUGCAAGAUCAAGUCCUUCUGGAACUAGUGCAAGAAGGAGGAGUGGAGAGGGGAAUGGAAAGAUAGUACAACCAUUAAUAUGGAAGGGUUUCUCUCCUAAGAAAAGUGAAAAUAUAGCAGUUGAAUAUGGAGGUUUUGCUAACUGGGAUGACCCAAACAUGUUCACAUCAGCACUGGAAAAGGUGGAAAAUUGGAUCUUCUCUCGCAUUGUAGAAUCUAUUUGGUGGCAGUCUCUGACUCCACAUAUGCAGCUUGUUGAUGCAAAGAUAACUCAUAAUGAUGUGAGUUCUGUCAUUAAUAAAAGCUUAACGAAGAUGUCUAGCUUACAUGGUCAAGAGAUGGGAAAUUUAUCAUUAGAUAUUUGGAAGAAUGCUUUUAAAGAAUCAUGUGAAAGGAUCUGUCCAGUCCGAGCUUUGGGGCAUGAGUGUGGCUGUCUGUCUGUGUUGCCUAGAUUGGUAAUGGAGCAGUGCAUUGCCAGAUUAGAUGUUGCUAUGUUCAAUGCCAUUCUUCGCGAAUCGGCUGAUGACAUUCCAUCUGAUCCUAGAUCUGAUCCAAUUAGUGAUCCCAAGGUUCUCCCCAUUCCACCUGGUAAAUCAAGCUUUGGAGCUGGCGCUCUGCUAAAAACUGCGGUUGGUAACUGGUCUAGAUGGUUGACUGACCUAUUUGAUAUGGAUGACGAUGAUUCGCUUAAGGAUAAAGAUGAUGACAUUGAUAACAAUGAUGGAAAUGCAUCCUUCAAGGCCUUUCAUCUUCUUAAUGCACUAAGUGAUCUCUUGAUGCUCCCUAAGGAUAUGUUGUUAAGUACAUCCAUCAGGAAAGAGGUCUGUCCAAUGUUUGGUGCGUCAAUAAUCAAGAAGAUUCUUGACAAUUUUGUCCCGGAUGAGUUUUGCCCCGAUCCAAUUCCCACUGAUGUGUUUGUAGCUCUGGACUCACAGGAUGCUCUCGAGGAGGAAAACGAGUCUGUCAACAACUUCCCAUGCAUUGCUGCUCCCAUUAUAUAUUCACCCCCACAAACAAUAACGAUUGCAAACAUUGUCGGGGAGAUUGGACAUGAAUCUCAGAUUAGUCAGCUGAGAAGAAGCAGAUCAUCUGUUGUCAGGAAGUCGCACACCAGUGAUGACGAGCUUGAUGAAUUAAACUCCCCAUUAUCUUCAAUUUUAUUCAACAAUUCCUCCUCGCCGGUAUCAACAAAACCAAACUUGAAGUGGAAAGAAAGUCACAAUGAGUCUUCUAUAAGAUAUGAACUUCUUAGGAAUGUUUGGAUGAACUGCAAGUGA